AUGGACGCCGGCGAUGGAAAUCCCACACACAGACCCAAUUUCCCCUUACAGCUCCUCGAGAAACGAGAUCCGCGUCCGGCCCACGACCCGGGCCCGAUUUUCGCCGCCGGCGGCGGCGAAAACUCGUCGAAGAAGCCCCCGCCCAAGCGGGCCUCCACCAAGGACCGCCACACCAAGGUCGACGGCCGCGGGCGACGGAUCCGGAUGCCGGCAACCUGCGCCGCCCGGGUCUUCCAGCUCACCCGCGAGCUCGGCCACCGGUCCGACGGCGAGACCAUCGAGUGGCUCCUCCAGCAGGCGGAGCCGGCAGUAAUCGCCGCCACCGGCACCGGUACCAUACCGGCCAACCUCGCCACGCUUAACAUCUCCGCGCGGAGCUCCGGCGCCACCCUCUCCGCCCCGUCCCACCUGAGGGGCGGCGCCGCCGCCUUCGGAGGUCUCCAGACGGUGCCGUUCAGGGGCAGGGGCGAGGAUCCUUACUGGGAGAGGGCGCUCUUGUCGGGCCACGAGAAUCUGCUCAGCUUUUCCAGCGCGGUCGCCAAGCGGGAGCGGCGACCGGAGGAGGAUCUCUCGGCCCAGAUGGGGGGAGGGUAUAUGGUGCAGUCGACCGCGGGUUCGAUUCCGGCGACACAGGGGCAGACUCCGGCGACGACGGCGGUUUCCGGUGAUGGCGGGGCGGAGGAAGGCGGCGGGUAUGGCCGGCUUGUUGAAGCUCGAUCGAAUUUUGAUGAGUGA